AUGGAGUCAUACAAACAGCGAAGUGAUAGCCUGCGACACCUCGAUGACAUCGGAUCCUUCUACGGCAAUAAGAUCCCGACGGUCGAGGCGUUCGCAGAGAUCAUGGAAACCUCGGCUUUUGUGGCCUGGGCACGAAGUGCUCCGAGAGACAGCUCUCUCAUCGAACCCCUGGACGCUUUCGCGCGCCGUAAGCAGCUGGUUCCGACAACCACCAACGUCGCACCCGGUGCGCGAGAGCAAAAUGUCAACUGGCCACUUCGAAGACGGUCCCGCUUCGGGCGCGAGUUCCUAGUCAGGCCGGAAGCUUUGGACGGGUCGCUCAACGAGCUGCUACUGGGGUAUAAGGCUCGAGCCAGAACAGCAGGGAAGCAGAAUCUCGUUCUUGUCGUUUACGAGUACGCGGCCGAAUGGACCAUUGUUGCCUUUACGCUACGUAGAGCUCUCGACAGUGCGAUCAAGGAACAUCGCGAAUAUGAGGCGCCGUCGUGGGCCACGAGGUCCAAUAACACUUUCCACCGUCGUUCCCUAGCACAGCUUGCUUCUAUCACCACGCGCGCAUCGGACGAAAGUGCUGACGAGCUACUGCCUCUUCUCAGUCCCGUCGCCCAGAGCGCUCAGAUGACCCCCGAUAGGCCCUACACCCCCGGCCAGCCCAAGUCCCUCGAGGGCAUUGCGGUACGGUCCUUCUGCCUCGGCAUCACGCUCGCCCUGUCCGUGGUCACCAUGAUCACGAUCCUGGUCUUCACCUCGUCUCCGCUGUGGCGCGUGCCUUUCUUCUUUGGCGCGCUGUCGACUUUCCACUUCCUCGAGUUCUGGACGACCGCCAAGUACAAUACUCCCAUCGCGAACGUCGACUCCUUCCUUCUCACAGCGAAUUGGCCGGCAUAUGCGAUCGCGCACGUCUCGGCGUCGGUCGAAUGUCUGUUGUCGAACCUGUUGUUUCCGAAUCGGUCGUGGGCUCCAUUUUACCUCGGGCAUAUCCUCCUUCUGAUAGGGUUCUUAAUGGUAUUUGUUGGACAGGUCGCCCGCAGCGCGGCCAUGGUCCAGGCAGGCCAGUCCUUCAACCAUACUGUCCAAUCGAGGAAGAAGGACAAUCACGAACUGGUCACUACAGGUCUGUACUCGUUCGUCCGACACCCAUCAUACUUCGGCUUCUUCUACUGGGGAAUUGGCACCCAGCUUAUCCUCGGAAAUCCAAUAUGCUUCGUCGCCUAUACGGCCGUCCUAUGGAAGUUCUUUUCAAAUAGGACGAAGCAUGAGGAGCAUUACCUCAUAGAGUUCUUCGACGAAGACUAUAUCCAGUACAAGAAGAGGGUUGGCACUGGAAUGCCCUUCAUUUGGGGAAGCGCCAAGACUCAGACCACGGGCAGACCUACCAUUAAGGAUAAGACUCCAAGCGAUGCUUCUCUAAUAAAGAACGGCGACUUGAAGUCAGUGAAGCGUACCUGA